UCGCAGACGCUCGGUGCCCACGACCAGAUCGGGGCCCCGGCGCGAGAAAGGUCCCUCGUUGCAGAACGCCGCUUCGUCGAUCGCGCUCGAGAUCGAUCGCGCACCGGCUCGCCGAAGUGUCUCCUCCGCUUUCCAUUCCGACGAGGAGCGCGCGCACGUGUCAGCGCCUGGCCGAGGACGCGCUAUCGUUAUCCUCUGAUCGAUCGAUCGGUCGGCAGGUCGGUCGGUCGAUCGAUCCGUAGACCCACGCGAUCUAACGCGAAUACACCGGGCGCAUCCCCGAGCGGACCUCGGGAGUUCCAUCUCCGCGAGGGAGGGAGAAGACGAGAGCGGAGCGUGCGGGGAGCUGACGGGGACAAGGGUGAACGGAAAUUCGAUGUCCGGCUCGUUAUCGAUCGGUCGAUCGACAGCCGACGGGCCGGGAGAUGGAUGCGGCCGCGAAAGAUCGCCGUUGAGAUCGCGCGCCGGCAUAGAUCGAUCGGUGCCACGAUCGUGAUACGUGCUGGUACGUCUGUGUGCGCGAGUCUGAUACAGCUGAUGAUCUAGAACCGAUUAUACCGGACGAUCGUCAGAGAGGGGGGGCGCGAGCGCAAAUCGGCCGAUUUCCAGGCUCGAUGACACCCCCGUGUCGGCGCCUGAUGUCCGCGUACGUCGAAGAGAAGUUUCAAAGGGAAGACACUCGGACACUCCUCGACAGGCAGUUACGAUGACCGCUGAUACGCCGAAUUAUAUCGCAUGACGCGCUCGAUUGCUGCGAACUUCCGGAUAAACGAGCUGAAGUGACGACGAAGAUGGGGCGAGCUCAGAGUGCAUAAGGAAAUCACUGACCCAGGCAGCCGGAGCCAGAGAUGUGGUCACGCACUCGACUCUUCCUGCUGACGUUGACGCUCGUUCUGCUGGUCGGCUCUCAGAUCGGCAUCAGCAGAUCGCAGCGACCGCGGCUCGGGGGUGCCGUGAACGUGUUCAGCCGGUACGGCUACCUGAGCAUCAGCAUGCGAGUGGUGCCGCGCAACGACACGGAGACAUGGGUGUUCCGCGAACCCACGCUCGACGUCUUCAAGAAUCCCACGCCGAUGCCGUCGAAACAGAGGCAGCAGGGCAAGGCCGGCGCCGCCGUCUUCGACGGCGACUUCCACAUGGAGUUUUGCGACAAUAUCAGGCAAUUGCUACAGGCGUACUUCCGCGACUUUACUUUCGAGAAGCUCGAGAGACCGUGGCACGCCUUCACAGCGAGCUGGUCGAAGGCUGCGAUAGCCAAACACCUCGGCAUAAAUUCGUCCUUCAUCACGGGCGAUCACUGUUACGUCUUGGUGCGCGUCGCGAGAUUCCGCGACAAUCAACGGCUCGCCGGUACCGCCGAGACUCUGGCCCUUGACGACUCCGUGUUGCAGCAAACAGAGAACAUCACGGUCGGCGAUACUGCGAGCGUUGUGCGAUUCAUCAGGAACUUCGGGUCGCACUACAUUGCCUCGUACAUCACCGGAAACUCACUCUAUCAA